AUGACGAACGCCGAAGCCGUCCUCGCCCUCGAGCCGGUCAGGAGCCCCGACGACGGCCACCACGAGCUCCAGCAGCAUCUGCAGCUCGAGGCGUCCGACAGCAAGUACCUCACAGCCCAAGAGAUCCUCCUGCUGCAGCUGUUCCAGUCAAGCGUCGACACAAGUGCGCCCUCGAACUCUCGGAGUUCGACGUUGAGUGGCGCAGCAGCUGCAACACAUGCGAGCUCCGGCGGUUCAACUGCGUCCCCUGUCGCUCCAUCUGCAUCGCUUUCGGGUGGUCGUAAGAGCUCGUCGCCAUUGGUGGGAAAAUCUGCAGUCUUUGGGUGUGCGACGCCGCCGUCUAUGAUGACGCCCAAGCGUCAGAUCUCGUCAGACCGAGCGCGAGUGCAGAGUUUCCUGGCUCAACGCUCGUCCGCUACGGCAAUUGGAGGGGGAGGGAGUAGCGCUGGAAGUGUCGCAAGUACAGGGCCGUCAUCAACGACAGCAACGAAACCGGUUGGACCAUCGGCCGUGGAACGAGCCAAGCUCUUGAUGGCCAAGAAAGCGGGAGGCACGAGGACGGCCGUGCAGUCUGCAGCUGUGAAGAGGACGAAUCCUCUGACGGACAUUCUGAGAGGGGGGUCGGGUAGUGUGGUGGGUGGCGUGUCGAGUGUCAAGAGACCGAGGAGCUGCAAGAGUGACAAGCCUGGGGAAAUUAAGAUCCAGGGAGGACGCGCGUCGAUUCAAUUGCCGCUCGAGAGUUUUCUCAAGACUGACGACUGGGACUCUGCGACCGGAACACCGUUGGAUCUUGUGCUGCCGGAAGUGGCGUUUGCGACGAACAAUACGCUGAUCAUCCAUGCCACGUUGCCGCCUCGAUCGACCCGUUGCUGCUUUAACAUCAGUACUCAAGUGAGUAUGCUCAGUGGCACUCCUUAUCCUGGCACAGUGCUGUACCACUUUAGCCCCCGUCGUCAGCGAGGAGGACACAUCAUCCAGAACAGCAACAUUGAUGGACGAUGGGGAUGCUCCCAGCAAUUGCCUCGCUGUCCCCUGACGUUUGGCGAGCCAUUCACACUGCGCUUGACGGUCGUACCGACUGGUUUUCUCGUGUUUAUUGAAGAAAUCUUCCAAAAUGAGUUCAAGCACCGCGUGCCUGUCCGUGAAGGUGAAAAUCUCGUGCUUACUGUUCCAACUCAAGAUGAAACAGGAAACCCGGAGGGCGUCAUUGUCCACAGCGUUUGGUGGGGGCACGCAGAGGUGCCGCCCAAUCUGGACACUCGCCGACGUGAGGUCAAUGGCGGAUAUCGAGGACAGAAUGUUGACGGUGAUCGCGGAGGCCAUCGCGGAGGUCACUCUACUAAAAGUAGCGACCGAUUUCACCCUGCUCCUCAUCCACAUGAAGUAUACGUGGGCAACCUUCCGCAAGGCACUUCACGCGAAGAACUUUCGUUUCUGUUCCAGUACCUGGGGUAUGAUACCGUGCGUAUUACCGCUCGUGGAUUUGGUUUCGUGACGCUACGUAGUGCGGAGGAUAUGAACCGAGCCGUGGAAGACCUGGAUGGGAAGGAGUUUAACGGGAUGAAGCUGCGUGUGUCAGGUGCACUUCCUCCAAGGUAG